AUGUUUGAGAAGGAAGUGGGGACUUGUGGCUGGAGCUUCAGGAUCGAGGAGAAGAGUGGUGUGAGAGGGGGAUUCUGGGAAAGACUUGAGAGUGCUCAUCGAGGAGACGACCCCUUUAGGAGGAGCCGGAGAGUCACUGAGAUCGCACCUGAUCCAGGGGCUUCAUCCAGAGGAAUGGGCUUUGGAGGGGUCACGGAGCUCAUUCCAAAGACCACGGGAGCAGUUAGGAGAUGCUGCUCAUGCUGCUGGCCCGGGGACUGCAUUCAGAACCUCUUCUCUGUGGCUGUUGUGUGGAAGCUGCCCUCUAACAGUGGCUCUUUCUCCCUCAACCUGGCUUACUCUGCGGGCUCCCAGGAACCAUCCCCAGAAGAGGGGUCUUCGAGACCAGGAGACAGGUGCUCUGCUUUGGAUAGGAGGGGACCAGCAGGUGUGCACUGGGGCUAUGAAGAGACCAUGACAGUCCUGGCCAUUCUCAGUAAUUGUCACUUUUAUGAAAAACUCCAGGCUCGUCACCAGAACAUCCAGAUCUAUAGGGCCAUGGCAGCACAACUGCAGGAGCAGGGCUUUCUGCGGACCCCAGAGCAGUGUCUCACCAAGUUCAAAAACCUACAGUCAUGUUACUUCAAAGUGAGGAGAGGCCACAUGCCUGAGCCUUGUAUCUUUCAUGAGGAAAUGGAUGUCCUUUCAAGCUCCUGGGCCUCUGUGCAACUGUUACAAGGCCAAGAGGGAAGUGAUACGGAUGCUGGAGAGUUGAGUCAGCAGAACAAGGAGCCCACAGAGGUUGGAGAAGUUACCACUGUGGAUGGUGCUGCUGGGGAUGAAAAGCACUUCAGGGAUCCUGGCCAGGAAGUUAGCAGACUUGACCUGUCACUCCUGUUACCCAACAGACUUGAUUUUGGGGUCAAGAAUGGGAUUAAAAAUGAGAAUGUGAAAUGGGAUGAUUCAGAGGAAGCAGAAAUGAACAAGGCCCAGUGGAGAAAGUCUAGUGAAACUUUUUGGUACUCUGAGCUAACAAGAGGCUCUAAGGAUGAGCCAAUGUCAGGCAGGCAACAUAGAUGUUCUCCAGGUGAGAGUGAGGAGAAACCCCCAUCCCAGGAGAGGAUGAGUCACCAGAGACUUCAUACUGGGAGGAAGGCCUGUGGAUACCUCCUGUGUGGGAGGAAGUGCUCUCAGAGUUCUCCCUCACCAUCAGCCGGCUCCAGAACUGGAAGAAGCUUCUUGUAUUGUUACAAAUGUGGGAAAAGCUUUAGCCAAGGUUCUUAUCUUGUUUGUCAUCAGAGAAUCCACACAGGAGAGAAGCCUCACAAGUGCAGUGAAUGUGGGAAGGGCUUUAGUGAGCACUCCACCCUCUCAACUCACCUAAGAACUCACACCGGGGAGAGACUCUACCAGUGUGGAGAAUGUGGGAAAAGCUUCAGCCAGAGCUCCAGCCUCAUUGUCCACCAGAGGACCCACACUGGGGAGAAGCCCGAUCAGUGCCCUGUCUCUGGAAAGAGAUUCAACAACAGUUCCCGGUUUAGCAGCCACCACCCAGUCCAUCCUGGGGAGAGCCCAUACGAUUGUGAGCAGUGUGGGAAAAGCUUCAACAACAGCUCCCACUUCAGGGCCCGCCAGAAAACGCACACUGGGGAAAAGACUUACAGGUGCUGUCAGUGUGCAAAAAGCUUCACGAAGAACUCUGCCCUCAUACGCCAUCAGGGGGUACAUAAAUGAGAUACCCACAUCACAGGAAGGAGGAGAGAUGCCAUGAGUGUGUAGGAAACCUGACAGAUCAAUUCCUUAGGUCAACAUAUGUUAUUUAGAGCUUCCUUCUGCUUAUGGAGAGUUCUAUCAGCCAAUCCCUGGCUUAGCAGUAGAGUUACUGACAACCAGUUAAGCACUUCAGAACCAUGUCCAGGAAUAGGAAUCAUCAUAAGAAUGAUAAACUCUUUCUAGCUCUGCCUAUGACUCCAGAGUAUUCUCUCACUGUGGACUUCAAUUUUGCUUUGAAGGGAAGAAGGCUGUAGAAUCUGUAAGUCCUGCCAGGAAACCAGGGUAUCUUUGUUCUGAACAGAGAAUGGGUGGCUAGUGGCCAAAGAGGUGUUUCUGGGCCAUGCCUGAGAAGAAAUUCUUCCUGCUCAUGGGGAACACAUCUAGAAGUUGAUAGCUUGGGUCUAUUUUAAACCAAUAAUGGACAUCUAGGCACCUGCUGUUAGGUACUACUGCUAACUUCAGAGCAUGUCACUACUCUAAUCCAGCCACCACCAAGGGGAACAAAGGAAAGGAAGGAUAGGUUAAGCCAGUGGGUUAUACUAAAUCUAAGUGACUUAAUCUUAGAGCAAGCAGAACAUCUAGGUAAACUUUGUAAGAUUCCUCAUCUUACUAUCACCCCCAUUUAUAGUAAAAAGUUUCUACAGGUUUAAACAUCAUAAAGAUAAAGGUUUUUCUUCCUCCACUUCCCGGGCCUUUGGUUGUAAUUUUCUCCCUUAGAAACAUUAUACUCAUGCAGAAGCCUCCAGGAUCCUGAAGAGCAUCUAAGUGAAGACCCUGCUUCAGUGCAGUAAGAAAUGCAGAGAAGGAAUAAAGGGCAGGAAAUGGGGAGAGGAGGAAUAGCACUGGGAUCAGAAGGGUUUGAGCCAUUACUGAGAAGGGAGAUCACAAGAGUAAGGAAAAUACAAUGGCUGCAGGAGGCUCUGACUGCAGAUAAAAGGAAGGGUGGGUGUGAGAAGCACUAAGAACCAAAUUUAAAACUUACUGAUCCAGAACAAGGCAUAGAUAUUUAAGCUUUUGUGAAAUCACUAUGGAGAGAAAGUGGUAAAAGGUGUGUAUGUUGUCCAUGGUUGUUGGCCUGUGCAUGCAGGAUGUUAGUACCUUAAGUAAGAUGUGGUAAAAAGCAAGUGUCACAGUUUCUGCUUGAGCCUUUUUGAGGAAUUAAAUAUGAGCAAAGGAGAAUGUACAUUCUACCUCAGCCAAAGUUUUUUAAAAACUUUUGGGGAAGAAGGAUAAGCAAAGGCAGGACAUAAGAAUAUACUUCAGUGAGCCUUGCCUGGGCCACUCCACAUUCCCCUGCAUACACAGUCCUGGAGCAUGGCCCUAGGACAAGCUAUGCAGGAUAGUUCCAGAGUCAUAUGCUUACCACUGCUCUACACAGAGGGAAGAAUAACAUCUUCGAAAAGCCUGGGCAAAGGCAGAGAGGUGGGCUUGAAUGUGACCUGUCUGGAUCAGCCCGACAUCACUGGAGAUUCAUGGUGGGGAAAAGGGAGACAGCCUGGGGGUGGAUCGAUUACUGAAGGGCUUUGGAUACCAAUUCACAUAAGUUGGAUUUGAUAAAGGAGGAAAGCUAGUGAAAGUCAAUGGAAGUGUAAGGAAGUAGGGGUACUCAAAGACGCCUCACCGGCAGGUUCCUCCCACUCCUGGGUCGGCUGGGGCUGGGGCCGGAGCGUGGGAUGCAACUGUUGAACUCCUUGCAUUUUUGGGUGGCCUCCACCCUCCAGGCUUUAUCCUUUAGUCCACUUUAUCCUCUUUAUCCACUUUAGUCCGCUUUAUCCUCUAGUCCACUAGGCAGGAAAAGGAACACAGAGUACUAGAAUUCCCAACUUUGCCUGUCAGCUAAGCUGGAUGGUCUGGAGUAGAGAGGUAAGAACUGUAGAAUGCACUUGUGCAUUCAUAAAGGAAAUAUUUGAUUGCUUAUAAUUUACCCAGUGUUGUAGUAGGAGCCAAACACAAAGCAGUGAACUAAGUAGACACUGUCUUCCAAAACCAGUCUCAUUGGAUCCCUCAGAGGUACAGGUUACCCCUGCUAUCUGAAAAUUCACUUUACAGCACUUCACUUUUACAAAAGACCUUUUGCUAACCAAAAGAAAUCCGAAGAAAAUUUUCACUUCUAUGAAAAAAAGGCAAAAAGUGAAAAUAGUGUUCAGUGUUUCUUUUACAGCGAGCCAUUACAGUGGCUAAGCAGUCAAACAUAUGGUCGCAACUCAAGCCUGAAAGAUCAGGCACAGCGGACUACUAACCUUGCCCUUCGACUGGAGGCAAGCAGAUGUAGAAGGUGCAGAUGUUGGUGACCUGCCUGGACUGAUGGAUUCAGACAGUGACGGGAUGUUAACAGAUAACCCUCUUCCUCUCUCCUACACCCUGGUCUCCUGUACCUCCCACCACUUCAACCUCUGACGGCUCAGCCUAACACACCACCAU